AUGAAUGCAGCGGCCGCGUGUCUUUCGAACGGUUCCUUUCGUGGCUCAUCACCGUGGAUCUCAUACGCUAGUCCCACUCCCGCACCUGCUGCGGACCACAGAGGAACAACACUAGCAGACGCAGAAAACGGCGUAACAGACUCACCAGAAGGAUUGAGUCGACAAACGUUGUCCGGAAGUGCCGAGUCCGCUCGAAAGGCCCGACGCAACCGGACUGUGUUCACAGAAGGACAACUGAUGGGCCUCGAGCGGAGGUUCGACUCGCAAAAGUACCUGUCCACGCCAGACAGAGCGGAGCUGGCCAGAGCAUUAGGCCUGACGCAGCUUCAAGUCAAGACCUGGUACCAGAACAGGCGGAUGAAGUGGAAAAAACAGGUGAUGCAAGGUGGCUGUUCAGUCCCUCCGACGAAGCCCAAAGGGCGUCCAAAGAAGAACUCAAUUCCGUCCCUGGCCCAGUGCCAGGCGCAGCAGCAGGCCUUACUCGCGUCAUCCCUCGAGCUCCCAGCACCUCCAGAGCGCUCUAUGUCUGGGCCCAUAGGGGUGGCAUACUCCACCAGAGAAGACUACUGA